AAUGGGGGGGGGGGUGAUUGAUACUGUACAUGAGGUCAGAAGUCUAGGAAGUACGUUAUCUUUAAAAUGUGUGGUAUACCUCACAGCUGAAACGAGGAAAGCUGUGUAAAAGGUAAAAGUAUGUUAUAAAAUGUAACGUAGUGGAGUUGGGUAAUUCUCCAACAGGGCCAUCCCUCAGUCUUAUCAGUCCGCCUGUACGCCGUUCCUCUCCGUCGGUUUCGGUUGAUGAAUAGCGCACAGCGCUUCACAGAUCACCGCGAGUUUACUUCCGGAACGCAAACACUCGAGCUAAUUGGUGCGUAAGCCAGUAUCACUGACUACACCCACUGACUACAUCAAAACUCAGUGGACACGCCUUACAUGAGGAGGAAGUCAGAAGUGGCCGUAGUCUACCCAUAAAAGUGACACAUUACACUGCAGACUGGGUAAAGUUCUUUUUUGUAGGUCGUGAGAAGCCUCAGUGUGUUGUAUCCAGUGCUAGCUGCGUGUCACAGUCUACACCUGUGUGAAGCCCGGAAGUCGUGAUAACCAGCGGAACAGUGAAAGCGCGUGAGGAACUUGAGCGUCUCGGACAAGGAGGAUACACACCGAGUCUGUCGCCUCGUGUCCAGCACCGUGUGAAAGUGUUUAAAGAAAAGAGCACUCGCAGAUCAUUUGCUGCUUGUUUUGGAGAUUUUAGGUCCACUUUAAGCCAUGUCUUUUGGCUCGGAAAUUAUCCCAGGUGAGGCGUCUUUCUCUGACUUUAGGAGACAGUGUCUGGCGACGGAGAACUGGCUGAACAAGUACAAUAAGAACGGCAUGGAGGUGUGGGUCGAAGUGCCUCCUCUAAACAACUCGCCUCAAGGGAACAAAAACCACUACUCCAAAGUGCACAAAGUCAAGUGUAAGAUAGCUAUAAACGACGUGUCCGCUGCUACCAUGUACGAUGUUCUUCAUGACAACAAAUAUAGAAAAACAUGGGACCCUGCAAUGCUUGAGAGCUUUGAAAUCGCCCGCCUCGGCCCCAAUGCUGAUGUGGGCUACUAUUCAUGGAUCUGUCCUAAACCACUGAAAAACCGAGACGUAAUUACCGUCCGCUCUUGGCAUGCCUCUGAAGAUGAAUACAUUAUUGUCAACUACUCUGUCAAGCAUCCGAAAUACCCUCAACGUAAAGACUUGGUGAGAGCUGUCUCUAUUCUGACAGGUUAUCUGGUGAAACCAACAGGGCCCAACAGCUGCACCUUCAUUUAUCUCUCGCAAGCAGAUCCUAAAGGUUCUCUUCCUAAGUGGGCAGUAAACAAGGCAACUCAGGUCCUAGCACCCAGAGUAAUGAAAAGUGUGUAUAAGGCGGGUCAAAACUACGCUGCCUGGAAGGCCCAGAACUCCCCAGAACAUAAGCCAUGGCUCUACCCUAUCCAGAGUGAACUUCCCAUGAUGGACCCGGCUGAGCUGAGCAUCCAACGGGCAGACUCACUGGAGAAUGUGGACGAGACCUCUACUCGAGAUGCCGCAGAGAACGAGGAUAGCAGCUGAAAGAUGGCUAAUGAGUUGAAGAAAUGGACAUUUACAGUACCUUUUAAGCUUCCAGUUUCUGUCACGUAGUUGGUGCUGUUCAGGCGUAUUGGUUCCCUUUUUUUUUUUUUUGAAGAGCAAAAAAGGUUAUAGACCUUGUGGUAUAAAUCUGUGGUAUAGCAUUAAGUUGUACUUGCCACAUAGUUUUACAUAAUGCAAAAUCAUUUAAAGACUGGGCAUGGAUUAUAACCAUGUAAUCAGUUGAAAUUAAAAAGUGGGAAAGUUUGUUCUUUCAAAGGGGGAAAAGUCAAGCGAAAAUGUUUUGGCAAUAGAUUAAAUGCUUUAAUUUUAAAUUUUUUAAAUGAAGGGAAGUGAAUGGGUUGUAUUUUUUUUUUUCUCCAAAAAGGUAAAUUAUUUUAUUAAAUUAUAAAGUGUUAAGAUUUUUAUUUAUCUCUUUAACUGUUUUAAUAAAACUUGAACACUGCGGAACAGUAAGAAGGUUAUGUGGACUAAUGAAGGGAGUUCAAGAGACCUCUAUAGUUUUUUUUUUUUUUUUGUACACCUUGUCUGAGUGUCGUAGAACAGUGAACUUGAUUUUCCAUGACUGUCGAGAAGUUUAGCGAUUAGUGUUGCUAUGAUUGCAUGACAUGUUUAUCAUGGCAGAUUUAUUUAUUACUUGUAUACUUUUUUUUUGGAUUAGUGCUUCCUAGCUAUUGUAAGAUACAAUUUUUUUUUAAUGCUCUGACUUGCAUUACUCAGCAAAUGUCUGGAAAUAUUUUUUUUGCACGUGUUUACAUAAACACAUGCAUGGCAUGAGGCAAGGGUAAGACUGAUAACACUGGUUUACACAAAUGCAAGAGCUUGGUGACAAAUAAUGUAUUAUCUUGUGUACACAAACACUGUGAUGUCCCUUUAUAUUGUUUUGUCACAGGAGUAGAUGUUCCCUACUAAUUUUAAUCUGUACACAAAAAGGAGAAUAGAAUAUUUUUCUUUGUUGCUCAUAGUUUUAUCUAUUUCUUUUUAAGUGUACUGCAUCUAACAUGUUCUCAAGAUAUGAUUGUAAAGAUUACAAGGAUAUUUAAAAAUAAACCAAUCAGUUAAGAUUUA